AUGCAUUCUGAGGGCAGAGGUGCCCCGGCAGCUGCCAGCAGCUCCCCAGCUGCUUCGCCUCAGACGGGAAACAAUGCUGUCUCGCCCACGCCUCACAUGCCGGCUGCCGAUGUCGAUGCCCCGUCCUCCUCUUCCUUCAUGACUCGCCUUGAAAUUCUCUCCACUCGCAUUCCCAACUUCUACAUUGCUCCGGUCUGUGGAGCAAGCGCUGGUGUGGCUUCUGGGAUUGUGACUUGUCCUCUGGAUGUGAUCAAGACCAAGUUGCAGGCCCAGGGUGGCUUUGCCCGACGGGGGGCGCAAGUUGAAGCCAAGACAUUGUACCGGGGGAUGCUGGGUACGGGACGGAUAAUCUGGCGGGAAGAUGGAAUUCGUGGUCUGUACCAGGGUCUCGGCCCUAUGCUGCUGGGCUAUCUUCCGACCUGGGCUGUCUACCUGGCCGUCUAUGACCGGUCUCGCGAAUAUUUCUAUGAUCAGACAGGAAGCUGGUGGCUAUCCCGAGGCUAUGCAUCAAUCACAGCUGGCGCAUGCUCAACCAUCGUGACGAACCCCAUCUGGGUCAUCAAGACCCGUCUCAUGUCGCAGAGUCUCAAGAAGAGCAACGAGGGCCUGCGUGCGCCAUGGCAAUAUCAAAAUACCUGGGACGCUGCCCGCAAGAUGUACCAGAUUGAAGGCUUUCGUUCGUUCUACUCUGGCUUGACACCCGCUCUCCUGGGGUUGACUCACGUGGCUAUCCAAUUUCCUCUUUACGAGUAUUUGAAGAUGGCUUUCACCGGCUAUGGAAUCGGCGAGCACCCAGAUACAGGCAGUUCCCACUGGAUCGGCAUUUCAUUCGCUACAUUCCUAAGCAAGAUCUGCGCCAGCACCAUCACGUAUCCCCAUGAGGUUCUGCGAACCCGACUCCAGACACAGCAGCGCACCUCUCCUGCGACAUCACCGGAGGAGAUUGCGUUCCGAGGAGGCCUGCAACACCCGCAUGACCGCAACCGUCUUCCGGGGUCCUUGGCCUCGUCUUCGGACGGCAUGCGCAACCGCCCUCGCUACAGCGGUGUCGUCCGCACGUGCCAGACCAUCUUGCACGAGGAGGGCUGGCGCGCAUUCUACUCCGGGAUCGGCACCAACCUGUUCCGGGCUGUCCCGGCUGCUAUGACAACGAUGCUCACCUACGAGUACCUGCGCAAAGUCAUUCACAGCUUCCAGCAUGAGGGCCAGAUGAAGCUGCGGCUGGAAGAGGCGAAGUCUGCCGAAGCAUCUGGCAUGAUUUAA